AAAGAGUGAGUUCAAUUUGAGCGCCUUCUUUAUAAAAGCAACUGUUUCUUUCUGAUUAGUUUCAUUUCUACUCUUAAAUUUGAUCAACUCUCAUUGUCUCUCUCAAGUGGAUUGGACGACCCAGCGACACCAGCGAGUGCCCAUCGUACAACCACAGUUUCUCUCUUUCUCUAUUUCUAUUUUUCUCUCUUCAUCUUUAUUUCUUUGCUCUUUGUAGCUUUGCUCUUAUUGGAAAAUUUUUAUUAUUCUCUUCUCCGGUUAAUUGAAAUUUUUGGAACAACAAAAUGUCUGGACCAGUCAGUCAAUGUCGACAAAAUUUCAACCUCGAAACUGAGGCUGGUAUUAAUAAGCAAAUCAACUUGGAACUAUUUGCCUCCUAUGCUUACCUGUCAAUGGCCUACCAUUUUGAUCGGGAUGAUGUUGCACUUCCAGGAUUUGCCAAAUUCUUUAAGAAAGCUUCCGACGAGGAACGAGAACACGCGCAAAAAUUGAUGAAGUUACAAAAUCAGCGAGGUGGUCGAAUCGUUUUACAAGAUGUCAAAAAACCCGCUCGUGACUCAUGGGAUUCUGGACUUCAUGCCAUGGAGGCUGCAUUGGAAUUGGAGAAGACUGUUAAUCAAUCUCUUCUCAAUUUACACUCAUUGGCAAGUCAACACGGAGAUGCCCAGUUUGCCGAUUUCUUGGAAAGUCAUUUCCUCACUGAACAAGUUGAAGCCAUCAAGGAGAUCGGUGAUUACAUAACCAAUUUACGAAGAGUUGGUGCUGGUCUUGGUGAAUACAUGUUCGACAAGGAAACUCUCGGUGGUUGCAAAUCUUAAAUCUAUUACUGGCUCUUGGAUUAGUAGCUUAAUCUUUACCCUAUUCUAUUGGUGAGGUUAAUCUCUCAUUCUGAUGGGAUAAUCAUAGGAUAAAGGCUGAUGAACUCCAACACCAAUAAUAAUUAAUCUUAAUUUUAUCCUUGAAAAGGAUAAAGCUUUUGAAGAGCAUUGGAAAAAAAGAAUUGAUUAAAUACAAAACUAUCAAGUUAUUAA